AAAAGUAUGCGCGAAGAGUUCGAUAAACAACUUGAAUCUUUCAAAAAUGAAAAUAUCAAACUCAAUGCCAAACUGGAAAGUCAAGAGGGAAUCAUCACAUCACUAGUAAAAAGACAAGAAAAGUUUGAGAAGCACUCUAGAAAUAAAAACCUGAGAAUAUAUGGCUUGAAUGAGAGCGAGAAGGAAAAUUCAGCAGAGGUUAUUCUAAAGUUUUGUGAAAUCAAAUUGGGAGUUCACUUGGAAAAUUAUCACAUUGAAAACUGUUAUAGACUAGGUGACCGGCAAAGGAAUAAGGCACGUCCCUUAUAUGUUAAAUUCUCGUCGUUAUAUCACCGAAAUAAAGUAUUCAACAACAAAAAACGUUUGAAAGGCACUGGUGUUGUUAUAAGGGAGGACUUAACGACUGAGGAGUUGAAGCUACUGAAGGCAUGCUUGCAUAAAACAGGAUCAAACGGAAAAGUCUGGACUAACUUUGGUUCAAUUUUUGUCUUAGGCAAUGGUGAAGUUAAACCUAAAAAAAUUGAAAACAUUAAUGAGCUGAUCUAACUAAACUUAGUUCUCCUCCUAUAUAGAUAAAGGAAAAAAUCUAUAUUAAGUUGUUACUUUCCGGAUGUAUUUUUCAUUUGUUUUUUUUGUUUUUUUUUAUAUUUUUCUUCUUUGGCUUCACAAUGAAAACCCAGUUACUGUUGAAUUAUUGU